AUGGGUCUCUUUGGUCGUCGUGAACCCUCCCCAGAGCCAAUCCGCGAGGAACCCCCCCGCAAGCACGGCCUCUUCUCCUCCUCAUCUCGCCACGAGCCCACCUCCACACGAACAUCCACAUCCUCCCACCACCGCCACUCCCGCGGCUCAGCCUCCUCCUACGACCGUCGACACUCGCGCUCAUCAUCCCGCUCCCCAUCUCGUCGUACCUCCAACGGCGGCUUCUUGUCUCGUCUGGGCGGUAACCGCAACGAGCAUGACCCUGCUGUUCUGGAGGCCAGGGAGCGAGUCCAGGAUGCUGAGAGGGCCGAGCGUGAGGCUGAUCGUGCCCUGGAGGAGGCGAGACUUAGUGUGAGGGAGGCCAGGGAGCAUGUUAAGAGGUUGGAGGUUGAGGCGAAGGAGGAUUCGAGGAGGGCUAAGGUUAAGCAGAUGGAGGCUAAGGAGAUGUCUAAGAUGGGACGAUCUCUUGGACGCCAUGGAUAUUAA